GAAGCGGAUAGAGUGUGUGUGCAGCGCGCCUGAGUGUGCGGGCAGGGACGUGAGGUGCUGCGGGUACUGAUUUACAGAAAGUACAAACAAAAAACCCGGGAGGCUCCAGAGGUCGGAGAUUUACCCSAGGGGAGUUUGCGGAGCGGAGGGAGGCGCGGAGAGCUUGGCUGAAGAAAGAGGGGGUACGCUUUUUUGGCGAAUUCGACCGACACCCGCACGCAGAAAUGGCGGAGCACCACGCAGCCAGCGACGGCAAGCACAAAGCUUCCAGCAGUUCCGGCAGCUCGGCGCACGGGAGCAGCCGACCGGGCGCCGGAGGUGGAGGAGGGGGCAAAGGAGGCCUGUCUGGCGGGCUGACCCAGCCAGCCGGGUGGCAGUCUUUACUCUCGUUCAGUAUCCUGUUUCUGGCCUGCCUGGCAGGAUUCAGCUCCAGACUUUUUGCCGUGAUCCGGUUCGAAAGCAUCAUCCACGAGUUUGAUCCAUGGUUCAACUACAGAUCAACGCAUCAUCUCACCACCAAUGGCUUCUAUGAGUUCCUCAACUGGUUUGAUGAAAGGGCCUGGUACCCGUUGGGCAGGAUUGUUGGUGGAACAGUAUAUCCAGGGUUAAUGGUGACUGCAGGCCUUAUCCAUUACGUGCUCAACCUACUUCACAUCACAGUCCAUAUCCGAGACGUGUGCGUGUUCCUGGCCCCAGUGUUCAGUGGACUGACUGCCAUCUCCACCUUCCUGCUGACCCGGGAGCUGUGGAACCAGGGCGCAGGGCUGCUGGCAGCCUGCUUCAUCGCCAUCGUCCCGGGCUACAUCUCGCGCUCUGUGGCGGGCUCUUUUGACAAUGAGGGCAUCGCCAUCUUUGCACUUCAGUUCACCUACUACCUCUGGGUGAAGUCUGUGAAGACCGGCUCCGUAUUCUGGACCAUCGGCUGUUGUCUGUCCUAUUUCUACAUGGUGUCGGCUUGGGGAGGAUAUGUGUUCAUUAUCAACCUGAUUCCUCUGCAUGUGUUCGUGCUGCUGCUAAUGCAGCGCUACAGCAGGAGGGUUUAUAUCGCAUACAGCACUUUCUACAUUGUGGGGCUCAUACUGUCGAUGCAGGUUCCUUUUGUCGGCUUCCAGCCAAUCAGAACCAGCGAGCACAUGGCUGCGGCUGGUGUGUUUGCACUUCUCCAAGCGUACGCCUUCCUGCAGUACCUGAAGGACAGACUCACCCGACAGGAGUUUCAGACGCUCUUUUUCCUCGGGAUCUCUCUGGCUGCCUGUGUCGUGUUCCUCACCGUCAUCUAUCUCACAUACACAGGGUACAUCGCUCCGUGGAGUGGUCGUUUCUACUCUCUUUGGGACACCGGCUACGCCAAGAUCCACAUCCCCAUCAUCGCGUCGGUGUCGGAGCACCAGCCCACCACGUGGGUGUCCUUCUUCUUUGAUCUGCACAUCCUGGUCUGCACCUUCCCAGCAGGCCUUUGGUUUUGCAUCAAGAACAUCAAUGACGAACGUGUUUUCGUGGCGCUGUACGCCAUCAGCGCGGUGUAUUUUGCCGGCGUGAUGGUGCGGCUGAUGCUGACGCUGACUCCGGUGGUGUGCAUGCUGUCAGCCGUGGCGUUCUCCAGCGUCUUCGAGCAUUACAUGGGCGACGACACGAAGAGGGAGAAACCUCCUACUGAGGAUAGUAGCGACGAGGACGACAAGAGGAACUCUGGGAAUCUUUACGACAAGGCCGGUAAGGUGCGCAAGCAUGUGUCCGAGCAGGAGAAGGCAGAGGAGGGUUUGGGUCCGAACAUCAAGUCCAUCGUCACCAUGCUGAUGCUGAUGCUGCUGAUGAUGUUCGCCGUGCACUGCACGUGGGUCACCAGCAACGCCUACUCCAGCCCCAGCGUGGUCCUGGCCUCUUACAACCACGACGGGUCCCGUAACAUCCUGGAUGACUUCAGGGAAGCGUAUUACUGGUUGAGGCAGAACACGGACGAGCACGCCCGCGUCAUGUCCUGGUGGGACUACGGUUAUCAGAUCGCUGGCAUGGCCAACAGGACCACUCUGGUAGAUAACAACACGUGGAACAACAGUCACAUAGCGCUGGUGGGGAAAGCCAUGUCGUCCAAUGAGAGCGCAGCAUAUGAAAUCAUGAAGUCGCUGGACGUGGACUACGUGCUGAUCAUAUUCGGAGGAGUGAUCGGCUACUCGGGUGACGACAUCAACAAGUUCCUGUGGAUGGUGAGGAUAGCAGAGGGGGAGCAUCCCAAAGACAUCAGGGAGAGUGAUUACUUCACUCCUCAGGGGGAGUUCAGGGUGGACAAGGCGGGCUCACCCACUCUGCUCAACUGCCUCAUGUACAAGAUGUCAUAUUAUCGCUUCGGUGAAAUGCAGCUGGACUUCAGAACACCGCCCGGCUUCGACCGGACACGUAACGCCGAGAUCGGCAACAAGGACAUCAAGUUCAAGCACCUGGAGGAGGCGUUCACCUCRGAGCACUGGCUGGUCAGGAUCUACAAGGUGAAGGAGCUGGACAACAGAGAGGCCCUGGACCACAAGCUCCGCAGCGUAGUGUCCAAACAGAAGUACACGUCCAAAAAAACUGCCAAGAGGAAGCGAGGACACAUCAAGAACAAGCUCGCUCUUAAGAAGGGCAAGAAACUCCCCAAAAAAUAAAUCAAGUGAUGAUGAUGAUGAUGAUGAUGAUGAUGAACACAAACAGGCUUAAAGAAACCCUCUAAAGAACCAGUGAAGAAGACGGGGGGCCGGGUGGGUGGUUGGCACUGGGUCUGGAGAGAUUCUCGUCAGGUUGCCUCAUUUUUCGAGGAAGUGUCCCAUCUGGCUCGCUACUGAAUCUUUGUUUUUCGUCCCAAGGACGUCUGUUUUUUGCUCCUUUUGUUUUGUUUUGUUUUUUAUUUGUACUUGAAUGUGUGGCCAGACGUAGGGCUGCUCUACUUGGUUCGGCGCUGAUUAAUUUUUUUCGUGUUUUGUUGAUUUAACUGCUUCUCAGUCAGGAGAUGGGGUGAAGAGGACUCGUGAGAUGAUGGAGGAACAUUUGCACCAAAGACCCAUCGACCUCGCUCCAUGGCACAUGUGUGGGGGGGUGGGGGGGUGGGGCCGGAGUUAAAGCUGAGGACUUUGUUCCUGACGCGUGUACAGAGGACAGUAUGCGGUAUGGAGGAACGUCACCAUCUACACAACUCAUCUGUAUUCUUAACCUUUUUAUCAUCCCCRUCUCCUUUCUGUCUGCCUGGCUCUCUGGUCCUUUCCUUUCCAACAAUAUCUUUAAAAACAAACAAAAAAAAGAGAUUGGCUAACUGUAAAUAUGUUCUAUAAAAAAAGAAACAAAAAAAAUCUGAAAUGAUGGUAAUAUAUUGGAUCUUUGUGGUGACUUUUAAAUAUGCAGUUUUUUGAUUUUUACUUUUUUUAUUACAGCAAAACAGUGAAUGCAAUAAUUCUACACUGAGGGGCUUCGGAACUUGUUGACAGAAUAAAUUUGAAUGUGAAUUUCUACGUCCAUCUUUUUUUCUCUCGCCCCCACAGGUUGCGUGGAUUGUACAAUUCUGCUGCUCGUGUUUUAAGACCAACGCAGCCGGUGUUUGUGUGUGUUUUUUUUUUUUUUAAGAAAAACUAGUGAGUAAGUUAGACCUCCUGAACUGAAGAGGGCGCUCUUCAAACAACAAAACCUUGUUACGAUCACCUUGCUGCUGUCGACAUUGCAGUUUUUUGUUUUUGUUUUAUGGUUUUACAAAAUAUUUAUACACAAACUCUAUUGUGAGGAGGGUUCUUGUAUGUAGCCGAUAAAGACGAGCAGCAGAUAAAAAAAAAAAAGUUUUAAAUAUAGAGCCGUGUCCCAAAUAUAUCCUGCAUACUUAAGUCAACAACAGCCAAAAGCUCACUUAAAGCUAACUUUAUGAUUUAAUGUUAAUUUCUUGUGAUUAUUUCUCUUUAGUUGCAAAUAAACUGAAAACUUAAGGGCCGAUGUUAAAACUGUUUAAAUGCAUUUAUAAACCUGGAGAAUUGUUUUUAUUACAACAAUUGAUUUAGAACUGAUUUUCAUCCAAAUUAGAGCAGAGCUGUUUUAAAUGUCAGUAAAAAMCAAAUUUGAAUUAUGAGGUGCAGAAAUGUAAUUCUUAAAUCCUGUGAAAAGAUAAAAAAAAAUAGUUUUUAUUUUAUUUAUAGGGAUAAGGGCAGUUGCCCUUUUAUUUUUGUUCGUAUUUUUUUCUGUUCAGAAGCCUGACAAGAUAAAACCUUGUUAGUCUAAAAUUGUUUCCUGAUAUCAAUGUUUUUAGUCAUAAGAUCAGUUUAAAGUAAAGAAAACCGAAGUUUUCAGCAGUAAAACAAACAAAAAAUAACCCUCAGCUGUAACUUUUUUUACCCCACAGAUCGUUUCACCUUUAAUUUGAUUCAGUGAUUAAAAAUAACUUUUAUUUCUAAAUGUCAGCGAAUCGAAGCAGCGAUCCUGUUUUUCCAUUUCAAAAUAAAAGUCCUGAAAAAAAUAAGGUUAAGACUUUUUCAGCCAAUUCAAACAUCGUUUCUGAUAAAAUGAGUUUAUUUCUGAACAUGUGGAGUWACUAAGUUUUUUGUGGAUUUAAGUAUGCAGCUGGGACACGUCUCAUUCUCUGCACUGAUUUGUGGUUUAAAAAAAUGAAGGGGUUCCUGUGUGUGCACGCUUCUGCCAAAUGAGUGACACUUUAAGAGAUUUUCACAUCAGGUGGCUUCAUUAAGUAUCAGUUUUUCUUUUAAUAUGUCUUUGUUUGAAACUUUUCCUUUCAGCUCCUCCUCAGCCUGUUGUCAGAGAGAGACCGGGGUUCAGACUAAAGCCUUAAUGUGACGUGCAGUUUGUUCUUCUUUUCUUCCAUUCUGUGGUUGUUUUCCUUUAACGGCGCAGCGAUCUGCUGAGGUUUGAUCAGCAGCUCUGUGCGGCCUCCUUGUUCCUGCUCAGCUUCAAAGUUUACAUUUUUACAUUUUGUUCAUCCAUCUCUAAAUAUACACUUCAAUCAAA